AUGGCGGAGAAAAUGUCGUCACACGGCCCAUUCUCCCAGGCGCCCAGUCUUGAAGGGGAUACGAAACCGAACUUAUCCCGCUUCGUUCAGAACGCAGUCCGUCGGGGCAUUUUCGGUUCUUUCCAGCAUCAAAAGAAAGAGGACAGCCAUCAUUCGACCGACGGGCCUAAGCAACCGCCAAGUUUCGAUUCGUCAGCACCACCUAGCAAGCUUCGCAGCAAAGAUGCUGAGCUGGAAAGUCCUGACGGUCUUCACACACCGCCCGCGGAGGCUCAGGCGGGCACUGGUUACAUCUCUUAUGACGCUCAAGGGCAAGAAACCCAACAGAGGAUCAUAUCGCUCGUCGAUCGAUACGUGACCUCAAAGUUUCGCACGGAACAGGAUGUUCUGGUCGACAGGAUCGUCGAUAAACUAAUUCCUAGGUUGGAGAUUGCAGCUUCUAAGGCAGUGCAGAGAGAGAUGGACCUGUCCAUCGAGGAGCUCCGCAGCGAGACGACGGAGGAGAAAAUCCAGACGAUUCAGGACAGGAUUCAGGACCUUCCGGACGAUGCACUUGAGAGACUGUUCUCCCAGAAUACCAUGAUCAAUACGCUGAAGCGGCUGUUGAAUCGCUUGGAGCUUGAUGACGCGUGUAAUGACUGGGAAGAUGUCGGUGCUGGGAGCAGCCGGUAA